AUGACAGACCAGAAUAGCCAGCCUUUCGCGGGAUUCAAGUUCUACCAUUACACACCAUACAUGCCAGGAGAAGUGAUCUUUAUGAUUUUCUUUGGCCUCUGCGUCAUAGCUCACUGUUACCAGCUCUUCCAAUAUAGAACAUGGUACUUCAUCCCGUUCUUGCUUGGAUGUCUUUAUGAAUUCAUCGGCUACAUUGGCCGAGCCAUUUCGUCCACCGAGGCACCCGACUUCACCCCGAAUCCAUAUAUCUGCCAGUCACUCCUGCUUCUCCUCGGACCGACGCUUUACGCUGCAUCCAUCUACAUGCUUCUCGGACACAUAAUCGUGCUUCUGGAAGCCGGUGCAUACUCAAUAAUCCCACCAAAGUGGUUGGCUAAGGUGUUUGUCCUGGGCGAUGUGGUGUCACUCUGCGCACAAGUCGCCGGUGGCGGCAUGCUCAUAAUGGCCAAGACCCAAGAAAAAGUCGAAAGUGGCGAGAACACCAUCCUUGGUGGCCUGGGCAUCCAGAUUCUCUUCUUCGGCUUCUUCAUGGUUGUUACCCUCGUCUUCCAUCUGCGCAUGCACAAGCGACCUACCCCGAAAUCACAGGCACUCAAUAUACCAUGGCUGCAAUUGAUCUACGUCUUAUACGCGGCCAGUAUUCUCAUCAUGGUCCGGUCCAUAUUCCGUGUGGCCGAGUACGCCCAGGGACAAUUUGGGAAGCUUCAGUCGCGUGAGGUGUACGUCUUCGUUCUUGAUGGGCUGCCCAUGUUGAUUGUCCCCAUUCUACUCAUUUGGUUUCACCCAAGCCGAAUCGUCGACCGCGAUUCGCAGCUUGUCUCAAUUGAUAGUGUUGAUAGUGUUGAUAUUAUAGAAGAGGGCCACAUGCUGCAUUAUCGUGGUGUGAAGAAUCGGCAUGCGUUCAAUUUUUAUCCUCCAUGA